GUUAAAAGAAGAAUCGUCAUACUGUUCUACAGGUGCAUUCGGUAGGGCGUCGGUUCUUUGUUCUUCGAAAUUAUAUUUCAAUCAGAGUGGGCCACAGUUUCAACAAUUACUUAACCAUACUUAGAAUUUUGGAUUAAUCGAAAACUUUUGAUUUGAAAGUGACUGUCGAAAUUGGACACUUCACCAGUUUUGAAAACAAAUAAGGCUUAAUUUGUCGAGAGCCGAUAUGUUUGUCAGCGGCUUGGUAUCGGUGUUUCUCUUCCUUCAUGCAACAGGUAUAGACUGCGCCUUCACAGUCACAACCAGCAAUGCAGAUGUGAGGGCUAAAGAGAAUGAAGGUGCUGAUCUUUACUGCACUCACUCUGCUGACUUUGGUGCAAAUGCCAGAGUUGAGUGGAAGUUUAAGGACAUGAAGGGUUCUACAACCCAUGUCAUUUUUGAUGGGAAACCUACCACACCAUAUGCCAACCGUGUCACUAAGUUUGAUGGGAUGCUGAGGUUCAGUAAGGUGACACGGAAAGAUAAUGGGGAGUAUUACUGCGCGGUGUCUGGUAGUCAGAAGUUUGGGGAGGUCAAAGUGAAGCUCACCGUUUUAGUGCCUCCAUCCAUGCCUAUGUGUAGGGUCCCAACCUCUGUGACAACGGCGCGUAGCGUGCUGCUUUCCUGCCAUGAUGCCCAGGGGUCACCUCCCCCUACCUACAAGUGGUACAAAGACAAUAACCCUCUCCCUGAGGACCCCAGCAAGUUCGCUGCCUUCAGGAACUACACCUACAAGAUCAACACUGUCAAUGGCAACCUGGAGUUUCCUUUGGCUUCUAAGAUGGAUACAGGAGACUACAGCUGUGAGGCUGUGAAUGAUGCCGGCCCUGCGAAACGCUGUGAAGCUGUCAGAAUGGAAGUCCAUGACAUCAACACUGGAGGUAUUGUUGCCGGGGUGAUCGUGGCUCUCCUAGCCCUGGCCCUGCUAGGCUUUGGACUGUGGUACGCCCGCCGCAAAGGAUACCUGCCUAAAAAGAGUGCAAGCCAACCCAAACCCUCAGUGGUCUACCAGCCAACAUCGGAGUAUGGCGAUGAAGAGGAUGGGGAAUUCAAACAGAAGUCUUCUUUUGUGGUAUAGCCAGGGCAAGCAACAUAGGAUAUACUCAGGAGUCUACGGCAACAAUGAUGAAUGCGGUUGCGUCUCAAUAACAUCUCCCUUUUCUCCUGAAGUGUGCUCUGGUUCACUGCUUCCCACAAAUCUCAAAGCACUGGAUUGGCAGCGGCAUGGGCUAGUGGGAGUUUCCACAUGUUUUCCUUAUACCAGCCAUUUCCUUUCAAAUCAGUGAAGCAAAGUGCACACUUUGGGAGGAAGGAGAGAUAAUUGGGUAAAUGCUAAUACCACUGGCCCUUUUACCUGCUCGGUGUGGAUUGAUUUUAAUGUUAUCUUUUUUAAUUCCAUCUGUUUAUAAAAACUAUUUCCACUUUAAUAUUUCUCUAACCGGCAGUCACCUACUGUAUGUCUGCUUUAUUUUGUGGCGGCUGUGUGUAUAGAACUUUUCCUUUUCCCAAAAAAUAUUUCAAUAACCCUGGUCAUUUAAAUUUUUCUAACCCCAAUAGAACAUGUGUUUUAUGCCUUGCGUUCCAAAUUGCACCCCAUUCCCUAUAUAGUCACUAGAAGGAAGGGGAAAGUGAAUACCUACUCUGUUGCACAACUGAAGGCAUUCAACAAAUGUCUUCUGCAUUUAACCCAACCCCGCUGAAUCAGAGAGGUGUGGUGGGCUGCCUUAAUCGACACCCACGCCAUCGAUGCCCGGGGAGUAUAUGUUGGGGGUUAACUGCCUUGUUCAAGGGUAGAAGGGGAUUUGAACCAACAACCUUUCGGUUUCUUGUGCAACACUGUUAACUGCUAGGCUAGCCCAAUAUAGAGCUCUUAUGGGCCCUGGUCAAAAGAAGUGCACUAUAUAGGGAUUGGUGUCAUUUUGAGCUACAACUUUCUUCAUAAGGGAUUCAACUUGCGAAGUCUUGAUUGUUCAACCUGACACAAGCUUUGGAAAUACCACAGCUCCCUCUGUCCCAUGCCUCUACUGUAUCCCAAAUGGCACCCUAUUCUGUAUAUAGUGCACUACUUUUGACCAAGGCUCCAGGGCAUUUAUGUAGGGAAUAGGUUGCAGUUUGAUACGCAUACCUUGUGUGCCUUGAAUAUCCAUGCUGUUCAGUGAGUUGUAAUGUGAAAUGUUUUGUUUACGGUAGUUGGUUUUAAAUGGCAUUGUGUUUUGAUCAACUCACAUCGAGCUUGAUUUAUACAGCACAUUUCUGACAUGGAAUGCAACACCGUGUGCUUUACAGGGGGAGAAAUUAUAAUAAAUAAACAAUUUACUACACAACAGACAAGAGCAUAACACUGAAGAAUAAUGAACUGAAUGACUAAAAAGCACCCUAUUCAAGAGUUUGGGGGCAUAGUAACUAAAGGCUGCCAUUCCAUGCCUCUUGGUCCUAGGCUUUGGGAUAGUUAAAAGGCCAGUGCCAGAGGAACCUACUGGUUACAUAACUUUAAAAGCCUGUCUUACAUGUAUUGGGUGCACAAUUGUGAAUUGAUUUUAAAAACCAAGAGAAGAAUCUUAAUUCUAAAACAUGCAGGGACCAUAAAACCAGUGUAAUGUAGCUUCUCCAUCUGGUCUCGGUCAGGACCUGUGCUGCAGCAUUCUGUAUGUUUUGCAGUUGACCAAUGGCUUUCUUGGGUAGACCAGACAGGUGAGCAUUACAGUGGUCAAGCAUGCUUGAGCAUUACAGUGGUCAAGCAUGCUUGAGCAUUACAGUGGUCAAGCAUGCUUGAGCAUUACAGUGGUCAAGCAUGCUUGAGCAUUACAGUGGUCAAGCAUGCUUGAGCAUUACAGUGGUCAAGCAUGCUUGAGCAUUACAGUGGUCAAGCAUGCUUGAGCAUUACAGUGGUCAAGCAUGGAAACGGACCCACCUUGGCAAUGUUUCUCAGGUGGUAAAACGCUAUUUUGGUCACAUUCCUAAUGUUUGUAUUAGUCAUUGUACUGUUUGUUGCUGGUCCCAGAUCGGUUUGUGCUGCCGUGCCAGCUCUUUGUCACUCACUAUUAAACACUUAAAUAUGUUUGGCAUGACAAUUCCAUGAGAAGUUGUCAAGAGCAGUAACAAACUAGCAACCAGACUUGUUGAGAUGUGCAUUCUCCUUCUUUGCAAGUUAUCAAGUUUAGCAUCCCAAAGAUGGGAUAUUGUGCUCACAGCAACAUCCUACAAAGAACAUGGGUGCAGUCGUACUUAAGAUAUUUAAUUGGCAAAAAUUAGUCAGGUUUGAAUCUAGAUCUUUUUAUUGAGCAUUUUACAAUUUUGACAGAUUAAUGUAUUUGUUGUUUAUAAGGUAACACGUGAUUCUAAUAUUAAAUACUAUUUGAAGAACAGUC